GGGGAUUUAGCUCAGUAGUUCUGCCGCCUGUCUGGCUAGCACAAGGUCCCAAGUUCAAGUCCCUGUACAGGGUGGGGGGAAGGCUGGAGGGCUUCCUGGAGGGGUCAGUGACUUAAGAGACCGAUAAGCUGGAAUUAGAUAUCCGACUUGCCUGUCUCCCCCAAACGCACUUGGCACCCAGGACUCCACAUUCUGUCUAAUCUUCCUGCCCUCCCCCGUGCCUCCACACUCCCAUACCCUAUUGCCACCAACCUUCCUGGAAUUUUGGACUUAGCUAUUUUUAAAACAGACAACUCAGUAGCCACCUCCCUCCCCCGCUCAGCUGUCCCGGGCUCUGUCAAGCCGUGUCCUCUCCCUUCCCCCAUACCAAAACUUCUGCGCUCCCUGACCUCAGGAAGAUUGCAGCUGGUCUGCGGGCUGCGGAGCUGGGGGAAACAUGAAGAAUCAGCCAGUCGGGGAGCCCCUGGCUGCAACAAGCCAACAGAAUAGGCAACCAUGGCUGGAGAAUUGGAUACCAGGGUAAUGUCUGACCUCUGGAAACAUCACUUCCAGGACUGCCGGUCAAAAUUCACCAGCUCACUCUCAGUGCAAGAUCCUCCGCUGCAACGCCGAGCCACCAGCUCCCCCGUGGCCUCGGGGGCCAACGCCACCACCACCCGCAAGGUGACCGUCAUAUUUAAGAACAUGCAGGAAUGCAUCGAUCAGAAGGUCUACCAGGCAGAGGUGGACAAUCUCCCCGUGGCCUUUCAGGACGGUUCUGUCAAUGGAGGUGACCGGCCCGGGGGCUCAAGUUUGUCCAUUCGAACUGCUAACCCUGGGAGUCACGUGGAGAUCCGAGCUGCCUAUAUUGGCACGACUAUAGUCAUCCGGCAGACGGCCGGGCAGCUCUCCUUCUCCAUCAGAGUAGCGGAAGACGUGGCCAGGGCCUUCUCAGCUGAGCAGGACCUGCAGCUCUGCGUUGGGGGCUGUCCCCCGAGUCAGCGACUGUCUCGCUCGGACCGCAAUCGCAGGGGAGCUAUCACCCUAGACACUGCCAGACAGCUGUGCAAGGAAGGGCUUCCGGUGGAAGACGCUUACUUCCAGUCCUGUGUCUUUGACGUUUCAACCUCUGGUGACCCCAACUUCACUGCGGCGGCUCAGGCAGCGCUGGAGGAUGCCCGAGCGUUCCUGCCGGACUUAGAGAAGCUGCACCUCUUCCCCUCAGAUGCAGGGGCCUCUCUCUCCCCUCUCUUCCCAGGCCCAGUUCUUUCAGGGCUGUUUGUUCUGUGGCUUUGCAUUCAGUAAGUAGGUCAGCAAUCUCCUGACUAAUUUGGAAAUGAUUUGGGGACAAAGGUUGGCAUGGAGGAAUACAAAGAGCUGCUAAGAAAACAGUGGUGACCAGGAGAUAAGUGAACCAAAUGACACUUACCCAGAGUCAGACGAGAUGGCAUCCAGGGUUGAAACGAUCACAGAAUAAGGAUUCUGGGCAAGGCUUUUGCAUUCCAGACUCGAGGGGCUUUUCACCAAUUGUCUUGGCCCUACUUAUAGGAAGCCCAUUGUUCCAAUUGUCUAUUCCUGAGCUGGUUCAACAAGUUUGGGCUUAUGGGUGCCCUGAUGAUCAGUAAAGAAUUUAAGCUUUGGGCUGGGGAUUUAGCUCAGUGCUGCUGCUGCCUGCCUUGCAAGCGCAGGGUCCUGAGUUCAAUCCCUGGUA